UCGAAGUUCAGAAGGGUAUCCAACGAUUUUCCGACUAUAAAUAGUAAGGAUCAAAGCUCCGAAUUGCAUUAUAGUUCAGUGUGUCAAAGCAGCAGCUUUUCAGUGUUUUCACAAAACCAACAAACCCAAACACAUCAAAAUGUACAAGUUCUUGGUCCUUCCUCUGUUCUUCGCCGCCGCGUCGGCCGCCUACCUCGGAGCCUAUGGUGCCCCAGCAUAUGCCGCCGCUCCCUAUGCCGCUGCUCACUACGCUGCUCCUUAUGCUGCUCCCUAUGCUGCCGCUGCCUACCACGCUCCUCUGGCCUACCACGCUCCUGUCGUGAAAACCGUUGCCGCCCCACUGGCCUAUCACGCCCCGGUCGUUAAGGCUGUCGCUCCACUCGCCACCUCGUAUGCUAACACCUACAAGGUCUCCGUGAAGGCUCCAGUUGCCUAUGCUGCCCCAGCCUACGCUGCCCAUGCUUAUGCUGCUCCAGUUGUCGCCCAUGCCCCAGCUGUCGUUGCUGCUCCAGCCUACCACGCCCCUCUCGCCUAUCACGGAUACCUGCACUAAGAGUCUACACUAGUUAGCACUAGUAGGUGCCCCCUUUCUUUCCGCCACCAUCACUACCACCAACACUCCAAACCAGCAGAUUCAUUCGUCAACUGAAGCUAAACGAAAGAUGAACGCACAGCUCAACACUCCUUCCUAGAGACACACGUAAUUUUUUGGAUCUUUCCGAACACGGAAAACAACCGCGACCCGGCGGUUGACUGUCCGUAAGUUGAGAUUUUAGCAACUUCUCAUUUAAGUCAUCAUCCAUUAACGAAUAGCAGUGUGCGAGAACCAGCAUCUCAAAGCGAGAACAAAAUGAGUCUAAUUGUGUACAUAUGAUGUAUAGUUUUUGUAUUUAUUUGUGAAGAAAAGCAACAAAAAAAUAAAAAUUACAGAAAUCAA